GGCUGAGAGAGAGGAGUUUCUCCUUUGGCCUCCUCCUUCUCUUCCUCCUUCUGAGGAAAUCUGCUUGUUGCCUGAGAAUUUUGGAGUCGAGUGUUCAGGGAUUUCUUGCCCUUGAGAGAAGAGGGAGGAAGAGCAUCUUGGAUACGGUAGGGUUCUUCAUCAGAGUGGAUCCAACAUGGAGAGACCUGGACCUGAAGCAGGCAAGGCCUCUGGGAGCAGUGGGGAAUCCUGGGAAAGAACUACGCAAACGUUCCUGAAUGCCCACACACAGUGCCAGCGCUUCAGGCAUUCCUCGUACCGAGAGGGCGAGGGACCCAGAGAGGUUUGCAGCCGCCUCCACUCUCUCUGCCGCCAGUGGCUGAAGCCAGAGCAACACACCAAGGCGGAGAUGCUGGACCUGGUGAUCCUGGAGCAGUUCCUGAGCAUCCUGCCCCCAGAGAUGGGGAGCUGGGUCCGAGAGUGUGGGGCAGAGACCUCUUCCCAGGCGGUGGCCCUGGCGGAAGGCUUCCUCCUGAGUCGGGCAGAGGACGAGAAGCAGGAAGGACAGGACAAAAAUAACUGCAUUGAAGUCCACCCUGAUGUCCCUGAAUCAGAAAAAUCUCCAUCAGAGACAACCCAGAGCCUCCAGCAGAAGGAACUCAAGCAGGAAGGAGAUGGGGCUGCAGCCUUGGAGGGUAAGAAGGAACCCUUUGGGGUGUUUUCCUGUUUUAUGUCAAUGCAAAUUCCCCUUCAGGGGAUUAUAGCACACCCAAAAUCAGUUUGAGCUAGAGAAGGCAUACAUGUAGGAUCAUUUCAGCUUGUAAUGUAUAUAAGUAUGAUUUGGUUGCAAGAGGCGUCAUUUCAGUGUUAUUUGGAGUUUUCUUUAUCAUUCUACUUCUGCAUUUGCAUACUGUUGGGUGGGACUGAAAUAUCAUCCGUACGGUGUGUUUCCAGGUGGGACCCGAAGCUCAGAUGAGCCCUGAAACUGAGUUGGAAGACAAACAGACAACAAAAAAUAACUAUAGUCAAUUGGAACUGCCAAGCCCAGUCCUAGUUUCAACCUAACCUAUUCACAGCACUGGUUAGAUGAAACAGUUCUAAACUCCAAAACUUUACAUAUUCCUGAGCUGGAGAAUGCUCCUGUCUUCAUAGAGUAUUUUCCUCAUAGGUUUCUUUUCAGGACCCUAAUUAUAACCUCAGAGACAUAUUUAUGUUAUCAGCUUUCCA